CGCCCGUUCUAAACGCCAUCUAAGGGGAACACUCGUAAAACCAUACAGCCAUCUAGCAGUAGUAAUCAAUGGUAUAAGGAAAGCAACGCCAUCAAACGACUAGGGGCGACAUAACAAGAUUUCGAACGCCACGCCACCAAGCUGCUUAUCUGCAAUUUGCUUGCUUUUUCAUUGAUUUGUGAGCAGACGUCACGUAUUAAACUGUUAACUUUUGCGAGGAUUUUAGAAAUGGCUCUAUUUAAAAAUUUUUUUGGGAUUAAGAAAGAAGUUCAUGCUUCUCCACACACUACUGUGACUGUCACUCAUGAAAUAGCAGAAGAUGAUAGUUAUGUCAUUGUGCCAACUGCACUAGAAUCGCAUAAACUUCGUCAAGGUCCUCUACCAUAUGUAAUUAGUUCUAAAAUUACUGGAAUCAAAGAGGAUACUUCCGCCAGGAAAGUGUAUGAUGAAAUACCUUUUCAGUUUUCCCCAGCAUACAGUAGGAUGUGGUCAGCUGGUACAGCUAUCAAGCAUCACCCUAAAACACUAAAAGAAAUCGACUGGGACUCCCUCUGUUAUGACUUUACACUAGAGAAAUCUAUUUUACAGUCAUGAAUAUUUUUCUUGGUAGGACAGAUGCUGGCAUAAAAUGUUGAUCCAAACACAGCUGUAAAAUCAAAUCAACAUUUGUAAUGCCUACUGUAGGUCCAUAAUCACCUUAUUAAAAUGUCAUCUAUUGCCUGGUCAUUUUCAGAGCUGUUUUCUGUGAGCUGCAUGAAAAACAUAAUUAAUAUGUAUGUACAUACUGUACUUUAUUAUGUAUAAUUACACUGCUUGGGUAUCCGAA